AUGCACGAGUCGAUCCAGGAUCCCCUCCCAUUACACCAUGGAGACCGCGUCGUCCUAGGUCGUCAGAAUAACUACAACUUCGUGUAUGUGGACCCUAGGGAGGGGAGUGGGCAGGAGUUGAUAGAGCAUGGCGAGGUGAGCUAUGAGGAUUGCAUGGAGGAGUUGGCGGCCAAGCAAGGUGAUGUAAGCAGUGGGUACAUGAGGAGGAGAAGUGUGGCUGAGGCCGAGACGACGGAGAGGAAACGACAGGAAGAAUACGAGAUGUCGAUACGGGAGGCUGAAGAGGCGAGGGCGAAGGCUGAUGCUGAGGCUAAGGCAAGGGAGGAGGAAUAUGAGGCCAGGCUGCAGGAAAUGCAGUCGCAGAAGGAUGAUA